AUGGCAUCACGAACACUCAAGGUGGCUGCAGCCCAGAUGGGCACUACGAACUACACAGACGCUCGCAGCAAGACCCUGGACCGUAUGCUCGCACUUCUCGAUGAUGCCGCUGCCAAGGGCGCUCAACUCGUUCUCUUCCCCGAAACCGCCUUCACGACAUUCUUCCCCCGACAUCUCAUCAACGACCCCGUGGAACUCGACUCCUUCUUCGAGCACGGCGACAUCGUCACGCAACCCCAGACCAAACCCCUGUUCGACAAAGCCACCGAGCGCGGUACCGACAUCGCGGUUGGGUUCGCCGAAAAGACGGACGAUGGCGAGACGUUCAACUCGUGCGUCUACUUCCACGCCAAGAGCGGCUCGAUUCUGUCCAAGUAUCGCAAGAUCCAUCUCCCUGGCGACUUUGAGCCGUUCGCAGACCCCAAUGCCACCAAUCAGUUGGAGAAGAGGUACUUCAAGCCCGGGGACCUCGGCUUCAACGCCUUUCGCGUACCAGACCUCGUCCCGUCGUCACCGGAACGAGGGGACCCCAUCUUCGGCAUGAUGAUCUGCAACGACAGGCGCUGGGCCGAGAGCUGGCGCGUCUUGGGCCUGCAGGGCGUCGAGGUCGUUCUCUGCGGCUACAACACGGCGGGCUUCGCGCCUCAUCUCUGGGGUUCCAGCGCCGACAUGGACCCGGACGAAGCGCGCAGCAAGGCCCUGUUCCAUCACAAACUGGUCAUGCAGGCGCACAGCUACACGAACGCGUGCUUCAGCAUCAGCGCGGCCAGGUGCGGGCUCGACGACGGGAAGUACGACCUCAUCGGGGGGAGCUGCAUCACCGGGCCUGAAGGCGAGCUCAUCGCCGAAGCGUCCACGACCGAAGACGAGGUGGUGUACGCCGAGAUCAACCUCGACGCGUGCCGACCGGGCAAGGAGCGCACCUUUGACUUUGCCAGGCAUCGGCGGGUAGAGCACUACAGCUGCAUCACGGAGCAGACCGGCGUCGUAGAGCCUCCCAAACUGGGUCCUCAAGGACGAACGCUGGUGAACGGCGUUCACGGGAAGAAGGACAAGAAGAUUCGCGUCCUCCUCGUCAACCCGAACAGCACGCGCGCCAUGACCGACGCAUGCGUCUCCAUGGUGGAGAGCCAACUCCCCUCGGACGUGAUCGUCACCGGAUUCACCGCACCCAGACCGUCCCCGUCGGCCAUCGAGGGCAGUUUCGACAACGUCAUGUCCGCAGCGGCCGCCGCGCGGGCAGUCCUCCCCCUCGCAGCGACCCACGACGCCGUCCUGGUGGCGUGCUACUCCGACCACGCCCUCAUCCGCAUGCUCCGCGAGGAACUGCCGCGCCAGCCCGUCAUCGGCAUCAUGGAGGCUUCGCUCUUCGCUGCGCGGACACUCGGGGGCCGCUUCGGUCUCAUCGCCGUGAGCGAGCGGUCCAGGGUGCUGCACGAGGACAGCAUCCACCACUACGGCUUCUCGACGUCCUGCGCCGGCGUGCUCUCGUGCGGGCUGGGCGUGCUGGAUCUCCACGAGAAGAGCCAGGACGAGGUGAUGGGCAUCAUGGCCAACGUCGGCAAGCGGUUGGUGGAGGAGAAGGGCGCCGACGUGCUGCUGCUAGGAUGUGCGGGGAUGACGCCUCUGAAGCCGGCCGUCGAAGCCGCCGUUGGGGACGAUGUGCAGGUUGUCGAUGGCGUGUUGGCCGGGGUGCAUCAUCUCGUGGGUUUGGUGCGGAUGGGCGGCGCCACGGCGAAAAGAGGCGUCUACAAGAGCUCCGCUGCAGGGCGCAAAGCAAGGGGCCAGGACUGGAUUUGA